AUGCAGAAGGGUACCUUCAUCGUGCAAAAGCCCACACACACCACAGAGACAUCUACCUUCCUCAGAACCGCUCCUGUUGCCGCACUCUCCCUACGGCGGAAGGUAGACCCGGAGAAGGCGUCGAAGAAGGUCCCAGCAGUGUACGAGCCCGCAGCCCACGGUGCGUCACAGCGGAAGGUGCCCAAAGACUGCGCGUGCGGACUUGCGGAGCUGGAGUUUGCACACAACAAGGUCGUGCUGCCCGACGGUAAGGUCGACGGACAGGCCAUCGAGGUGUCGCAGGCUGAGAAGGAGCGUCUCCUGGUUGCCGCCGCCGCCGCGUCCAGGGCGACGAGCAGCUGUGGAAACUGCUACUUGGGAGACACAUUCCGAGCUUCCACCAUCUCUCCUAUUGCACCGCCACUCGUCAUGGCGAACUCAGUGGUUCAGUUGGGCAACGACGAAUUCUCGCGCGCCUUCCUUCGGCCAUCACACAUCAACGUGCGAGAAAAGCGUGUCUCCCUCGCUCCUUUUUCCUUACUGAAGCGUGCACGCAACAUGGACGAGACCGAAAUCUCGCAACUGUUUAUCUCGGCAGUCAACAGCCAUCACCUCAUACCAGGAUCAGUGCUUGUUCAAAAUGCUCACAAGCUGUCUUGCUCCGCUGUCGAAGGGGCACAGCGCGGAAUCAGUGCCUCAAUCAUCCGCUCUCUUCAUGUCCCCAGGCGCGGACAAGCUCAUUGGGCAGACCAGAGGGUGCCGGUGUAUUUCUUCCCCCGUGUCCCUGAUGCGGAUCCUUUCGCAGGCGCGGAGAAGAAGAACGAGAACACCGAGGCUGGACGCGAGCGUAAACGGCGACUCGAGCAGAUGUCUGAAGCAGCGGAGCGUCUUUUCUCCGCUCAGCAUCGCGUCUUUCUCUUCAUGAUCGUCAUCUUCGGGCGGAAAUUCAGGCUCAUCCGCUGGGAUCGUGCAGGAAUGAUUGCGACACCUCCGACAGACUACUAUGAGCAACCUGGCAUAUUAUGUGACUACCUGCGGCGGCUCUCUCUUUUUGACGACGCCUCCCUCGGAUUCGAUCCUACCGCUACUCGCGUUCUGAGUCGCGAUCCCGACUUCCUCCGCAUGGAUGUCGCCGCAACGCUGAACAACCAGGACCUCGAUCACUUCGAAUGUCAUGCGGAGGAAGGCGAAGUCGGCGGACCCCAUGUUUUUCGAUACGUACGCUCAAUGUUUCGAGACAGUCUCUCGUCAGACUGGCCGCGCUACAGACUACAGGUGCCAGACGGUGACAGCAUGCGCGACUACCUCGUGGGCAAACCCGUGGUUCACGGCUCUAAUGUCUUUGGUCGUGGGAUGCGAGGAUACGUGGCCUUUGACUGCCGAACUGGUUGUUUUGUAUGGCUCAAGGAUGUCUGGCGCCCGUCCGAGAUGGUCGCUGAACGGGAGGGCGAUGUCCUCCGUGAGCUCAACGAGGCUGGGAUCGAGAAUGUCCCGACCCUCGUAUGCCAUGGCGACGUCGGGGACCAAGCGACUGUUACCGACCUGUGGUGGUCGCGGGGACACGCUACAAGCCCAACAUCGCCAGAUUACUCGUCAUCCUCAGCGUCAUCCUCAGCGUCGUCGUCGUCGUCGUCGUCUUCCCGCUCGCCCGCUUCUUCCACUGGUAGAAAACGCAAGAGAGCAUCUAGACUACGCAGCGAUGACGGCGUUUCGCGCUUCAAGAGUCGACAGGCCCCUUGUCCUCUGCGAUGCCACACGCAUUAUCGCGUCAUCGUAAAGGAGAUCGCUCUGCCACUCAAGAACUUCCAGCGUGGGAAGCAAUUGACGUCUAUUGUUCUCGAUUGCCUACGCGCUCACCAUCAGGCUGCCACCAAUCCUGCGACCAUGCGCCUCCAUCGAGACAUCAGCGGGGAAAAUAUCCUCAUCUACCCUAGGGUCAGACAGGAUAAGGACGGAAGGGGUCACUCGAUAGUCUGGACCGGUCUCCUUAUCGAUUGGGAGCUCUCCAAGCAUAGAGACUCUGAAGAUGUGCCGAAGUCACUGGCAGGAGGUCGCCUGGGCACCCGCGAGUUCAUGUCGGUCAAUCUGUCGGGGAACUUACGUGAUCCCGUCAAAAUCUCCGACGAGCUAGAGUCGUUUUUCCACGUCCUUGUCUACUACUCCGUCCGUUACCUGCGCUCCAACUGCAACAGCCCCAAACCCUGGCUAGACAACUACUUCUAUUUCCGUGGCUUCCCGCACGACUAUAACGACUCGCUCAAGUCCAUAGCCAUCAAUCAUCACGGAUACCUCAGUACGCUAGUGCCGGGGGGGCCUCUGAUCUUCGACAGCCCGAUUGAUCAGCUCCUCGGGACGCUUAUCAAGAGCUUCAGGGCACACUACAAGAUCAUGUACUACAAAGCCCGCAAUCGCUCUCUUACUCCUUCUUCCUCCUCUUCGUCGUCAGCAGGCACAGAGAGCCAGAAGGCGGCUCGCGCCACUCUUCGCGCGGCCAUCGCCGCACAUGCUAUGGCGCCUAUGAUCGACUUAGACCACAACCCAGUGUUUGCAGAGUACAUGGCGAACUUGACACCGAACAUAACCCCAGACAAUACACCUACGGAGGAGGACCAGCUGCUAGCGAGUCGGGUCGUGGACCAUUCUUUCGCGCUCGACUUCUUCGCCAAGCUUCUUUGCCGGAAUGAUUGGAAGGAGGGCGAUCGCAUUCCUCCACGUCCCACCUCUCCUCCACCUGUCCCCGAACCCGUCAUCGAACUCGAGUCUGAGGAACCAGCGCCUCCCGCUAAGCGACGUCGCAAGACUUCUCCCAAGGAGAAAGCAGGCGCGGCUCCUCCUAUCCGCGUAGACACUGCGGUGCGCCGCACACGCAGUCAAACACGCGCUGCUGCUGUCCAAAAAGCUUCUGCGCGGCGUCGUAGGACCUAG